ACUCUUCUUUAAUUAUCUCUUUAAUUAGGAAAUUACUUAUCUAUUUAAUUGCAGAGGAAAUGAAUUGAUAUGGAUACGGAACCAUGGAUAACUCCACCCAAGCGGAAGGCGGGCUGUUGUUUCUCUCUGACUGGUUGGGUUCUAGUGGUUGGGGUGGUGGGGGCGUGUCUAGGAGUGGCAGCCCUUACUGCUUACGGGAUCGUCCAAGCACCAACUAUUAGGGGAAAGUUGGGUGAUUACUUCAAUACUACAGCAAGAGGAGCAGAUGACACUGAGGGUUCAGAACCUGAAAAUGAGAAGAAGAGCUUAUAUAGUAUAGCAUACACGAUUGAGAUAAUAUUAGUUGUUGUUGGAGGGCUUCUGGGUAUUUUUACUAAUUUAGCACUUAUUUAUGGUGUUGUGUACUUUAGAAGGUGGUUUCUCGUUCAUUGGCUGGUUUUCCACGUCUUGGUGGUGAUUGCAGGACUGGUGGCGGCCAUAUUGUUAAUAAUUCUCCAAGUUGAUGUGUACAAAGUGUACACUCUCAUACCGAUUGGAAUAAUUUUCGUGGUUAUCAUCGCUUGGAUCAUGGUUUAUGAAUUGUUUUGUAAAAUGGGAAUGCAUCAAAAUCUUGUUCAACAGCCCUGUCAGCUGCACUACAACUUUAGUUUGAAAAUGUUGAAAUAG